AUGUCGAUCCCGGAAGCAACCUCGAGCUCUGGUCCGCCCACUGAAGCUACGUCGCUGCCGGCAAAGUCAGACACCAAAGUAGCAGCCGCCGUCGAGCAAGCCCCAACUUCACCUCCACGCCUUUCGCACCUUGACAAGGUAGCUACUACGGUUGCAGCCAACGAGGCCUCCGCUGCUGCUUCCGCGUCUUCCCCUUCCAACGAUUUGUCACCCCCUCAUCAACAUACAGAAUCCAGUCGUCACUCCACUCCAGCUACCUCGACUGCAGGCUCGGACCGUGCCCAACCCACAUUCGCCUCCGCAGAGCCUUCAUCUUUAUCCUCGAAUCUCCUCCGAGAUCGUGCAUUCGAGCAAUCAACGUUGGAGCAUGCACCUCAACCGUCAACAUCUUCAUCCUCUUCACAGCCGCAGCAACCACAUGAUGAUCAUCCUCUCGCAUCCGUCCAGCCUGCCUACUUCUAUCCCAGUGAUGGUUCCACUUCAUCUGCUCACGACGGCAUUCCCGUCUUUGAGCCGACCAUGCAGCAAUUCCAGGACUUUUACGCUUUCUGCCAGGCCGUCGAUACCUGGGGAAUGAUCUAUGGUCUCAUCAAAGUGGUCCCUCCCAAGGAAUGGCGAGACUCGCUACCUGAUCUUCGUCCACUUGGAAAGCAGCCGGGCGCCGCAGACACAUCACAGCCAGACACUGCAGAGCCAGAUCAACACGCAAACAUCUCCAAAGUUCGCAUCCGCAACGCCAUCGUGCAGCACUUCACCCCGGCUGGGUCCGGUGUCUGGCGUCAGAUCAACACCACUCGGUCCGCCAAGAUCUGGAACGCAAAGCAGUGGGCCGACAUCUGCAUCUCGCAAGAUCAAAAAGGUCCCGAGAUGAAUCGCAUGGAGAGGAAGGUCGAAGUCAACGGGGUCUCCAACGGCGGAUGGGGUCCCAAGAACAUUGGCACAAAGGACGGCACCAACUCCUCCAUCCUCGAAGAAGACGGCGUCCGCACAAGGAGUGGCAAGGCUCGGCCCUCCAUUGUUCCUGCUGCUGGUGACUCCAAAUCUCACGGCAAACGCAAACGUAACGAGCCAGAGCAGGAUAAUGACAAGUCGACCGAAAGUGGAAACGCUGAAGAGCAAGCAACGACACCCGCGCCAGCCCCGACGUCUCCCUCGUCCCCUGAGCGUCGUUCCCAGCGAAUCGGGCAAAACACAAACGUCAAAUCGCCGCCCAUGCCUGCUGUAUCCCGCGACGCUUCGCCAGUCAAGCCAAAGAAGAACUGGGAAGCAGAGGCCACCACACAUGAGGAGUGGUGCGAAUUCGACUACAAAAACUGCUGGCGCAGGGAAGCGUUGUCCAGAGAAGAGCUCGCCCGACUCGAUGCUCACCCUAGCGUAUCCACAAGCGAGCUCGCCCAGACAGCACGGCACGGCGCAUCAUCAGCGGAUGCCCCCGUCACCUUGCCAUCUCUUUCCAACUGGACACCCGAAGUGUGUCGGGAGAUCGAGAGCGAAUACUGGCGCUCUCUCAACUUCGGCAAAGCGCCCAUGUACGGCGCCGAUCUCAGCGGCACUCUCUUCGACGCCCGUACCAAACACUGGAACGUCGGCAAGCUCGACAGCAUCCUUACUCGUCUUCGUCUCAAACGCAAGCUGCCAGGUGUCAAUACGCCCUACCUCUAUUGGGGCAUGUGGCGAGCCACCUUUGCAUGGCACGUCGAAGAUAUGGACCUCUACUCGAUCAAUUACAUUCACUUUGGUGCGCCUAAGCAAUGGUACGCCAUCCGACAGGCCGAUCGACAGCGCUUCGAAUCCGCCAUGGCCGGUGCUUUCCCGGCCGAUGCACGUCGCUGCCCUCACUUUAUGCGCCACAAAUCGUAUCUCGCUUCGCCAUCCUUCCUCGCCUCGCACGGCAUCCGCCCACUCAAGCUCGUCCACAAGGCCGGCGAAUUUGUCAUCACCUACCCGUACGGCUAUCACUCGGGCUUCAACAUGGGGUACAACUGUGCAGAGAGUGUCAACUUCGCGCUCGAAUCGUGGCUUGACAUUGGUCGCAAGGCCAACUACUGCCAUUGCGACAUGUCGCAGAACAGCGUGCGUAUCGACGUGGACGCCUUACUCGAAGAGAGCAAAGAGAUGGAAGAGCUUGAACGCAAACGCGAGCUGCGCCGUGCCAAAGAGGAGGCGGUUAACGCCAUCGAAGAGGAAGAGACGGAGAAGCGCAGGAUCCGUAAUGAAAAGGCUAAGGAGCGCAGAAAGCUCAAGAAGGAGGCAGACGAAGCAGCCGCUGCCACCGCCGGCCCAGCACUGCCCUUGCCCUUCCAGGGAGGUGCCAACUUUUACGUCGACCCCAAGCAGGCUGCCACGAGUCCUUGCGUCUUCUGCCCCGCCGACGUCGACACUGAUUUGGUAGCCACGCCCGGCGAGAUCGAUUCCACCAACUCCAAGCUCGCCGCCAUGGCUGGUCGUCACGCGCAUCGUCUGUGCGCCAGUUUUGUGCCCGAGACUUGGGUGGGGAAGCACGGCAAAGCUGAGGUGGUGUGUGGAAUCGAGGGCAUUGACAAGGCGCGCUUCUCGCUCAAGUGCCAGAUCUGCCCGAACCCGAGCCUGCAGAAGCUGUAUCCCAAGAUCCAAUGCACGCGCGGCAAGUGUCCCCGCUCGGCACACGUCAGCUGCGCCUUGGUCGAGGAGCACGGUUGGUUCAUCGACGUCUGCCCUGCAGAGACGGCAGAUCGCCUGGAAGGCAAGAAAGCGACGACUGCCAACAGCAGCCAGCAAAAUGACGGUCUGGAGGAUGGCGAGCGUCUCGUCGUACUCUGCAAGACCCACAACCCGCUCUUCCGUGAAGCUGAGGAGGCGCGCAAAGCGGAAGAGUUGCGCGAGCGCAUCUAUGCCCUGCCGAUCCCAUCCAUGGUCAAGAUUAAGACUCCAGGAGGCAUGUUCCAGGCUUUGAUGGUCGAGAUCCAUGAAGAGGAGGACGAGAUUGUGAUUGAGGAUGAGGGACGACCGAGCACAGUCAAGUUCCACCAAAUCAUCUUUGAUCCGCCCGCUGCUGCUGCUGAUGAAGUCAAGCCAGAGCCCGCAACACUUGCUCUUGUAGCACCCACCGAUGCUGGAGCCAAUGCCGACGACGCUCCGCAGCCGAACAAGCGUAGAAGGAAGGCCAGCGAAAAGGCAAGCGCCAAUGCAAAGGCUGCGAGCGAGGAGGCUAUCGAGGCCAGUCUGGCCACGUCCGAUGCAGCCAUGCUAGCGGCGUCGGUCAAGCGACCUCGCAAGAGUCGCAGCACCGCUGCUAUCACCGCUGCCCCCGUCGAAACGCCUACAGUGCAGUCGAUAGCAAACGAUCAAUUCCAGCGAAAGCCAAAGCCACAGCGACAGUCCAAGAAGAAAGCACAAGUAGCAGAAGCUCAGGAAGUCAUGACGCCGCCCGAGAUGCGUCAUCAGGCUCCGUUUUCGUGGCCAGGUCAUCCAAUGCACCAAGGUGCGUCGCAGCAGCAGCAGCAGCAGCCACAACAGGUUCACGCUACUCCCGUGCCCUCAAAGCGUGGUCCACGAGCUACGUAUGCCGCUCAGCCUCCUACUGCAUCUCAGCCGUCGCAAUACUCUGAGCACUACGCACAGAUGCAACAGCAUCAGCAACAUCAGCAGCAGCAUCAUUCUGGUUCGGACUUUGGAGCGACGCAGCACCGCAGUCAGGUCUAUCGGGUAAAUGGUGAUGCAGGGCAGUAUGGAUCCCAGUAUGCACCUGGCCAUCCCUCCGGGUACGGUCGUGGUGAAUACACCGUUGGUGUCGCUUCUCCCAGCUACGCACAUGCCCAGGCACACCCACACAGCACCCACCAGCAGCAGUCGCGCACAAGCAACGGCGAUCAUUCACACGGUGCCGCUUCCUCGCCUUACGCUCCCUACCAGCAAGCCAGCGUUGCUCAUCCUUCCUAUGUUUCCGGUGCAGACGGCGGCAGUCAUGGUCGACACUCUGCAGCUGCUGCUUCUACUUCGACAUCAUCGUCUCCAGCUCCGCCUAGCGUCCUGUCAUCAUCGUCUCCCGGUAUGACUUCCGCGUCACAGUACGGCUACUUGGCUGCGCCUCCACCAGGAUAUCCGGACCGCACACCGCCGCUGCCGACCUACGCCAAACCGGUGACGCACCAACCGCAAUUGCCAGGAGGCGGUGACGUGUACGGAAAGGCAUAUCCGGAUUACAGGCCGCCGUACCAUCACGCCGCUCCCCCGGGCUUGCAUCCGGGUUACUCGGCUCAGUACGCACAACAGCAGCAGAAUCGGCCGCAUCAUUUGUCGCAGCAGACGCAACACCAGCAGGGACACCAGUAUGCGAACGGUCAAGGGUACCCGUACCACUAUUCGGCUCAUCCUGCACCGUCACCGUACGAUGGACAGGUGCAUCCCCAACAGCAUCGCCAGCAGCAGCAUUCAAUGAUGUCGCAGUCGAACCAUGGAGCGUACGGACAUUAUCCGGGACAUCAUCCGUAUCACGUUCCGCAACAAUCGCCGGCUCCGCAACCGACGCACCAGCAGCAGUAG